AUGCCCGGCAAGACGCCAAACGGAAACGGGAAGGAGCCCGUCGAGAACGGUGGCUACCCCGGCAGCAAAGAUAUCGAUAUGAAGGACGAGUCUUCGUCAUCGCUCAAGGGAAAGGGGAAGAAAGGUGCCAAGGACGGCGACGAGGAGAUGACCGUUGUGGUGCCCAUUUCUAAGAAGCAGUCAUCCGCGCAACCUCCCAAUGACGCCGACGGGGACGUGAGCAUGGACGACGCCGACAAGGACGGAGAGGAGAAGGUCGACCCAGUCGCUCAAGCCGUGUCAGAUAUCAAGAGCAAUUUCGCACUCCUCGACCGAGCUGUUGCCUUAUUCGAUGCCAGAUUUACCCUGCGAGCCCUGCGAUCCGUCUCAUCCAUCCGCAAACGACUUACCCCAGACAUCCUCGCCCAGGUCAUCGUCGAGACCUUCCCCGCGACAGUCACAUCUGGAAAUGUGGCAAAACAGCUUUUGAUCGCCCUUGGCAAGGAGCACCUGCCGCUGGGACAGCAAUCAGCGGCAGACUCCGCUAUGGACGUUGAUUCCAAGACUCCCGCCAAGAAUGGCGGCAAGAAGGAGAUCAAGGAGGUCAUCCCCGAAAUAGACAUCUUUCUCGGCAUUCUUGUACAGGUUCACCUGUUCGACUCCAAGCAGUUCCAGCACGGCGCUGAGUUCUCGUCCUACCUGUGCGACCGCAUCCGCACCCUCAACCGCCGAACGUUAGACUCGCUCUCCGCAAAGGUUUACUUCUAUUACUCCUUGUUUUGCGAGAACAUUGCGCCUCUGCCUCCCUCGCCCCAGUCUCCGAUCGUUGCCCUCCGACCAACCUUGCUCGCGGCUCUGCGAACAGCAGUACUGCGAAAGGACAUCGACAUCCAGGCCUCUGUCAUUGUUCUGCUGCUCCGGAACUACCUCCUCAUGUCUCACAUAAGCCAGGCUGAUCUGCUCGUCUCGCACACACAAUUCCCCGAGAACGCUGCCAACAACCAGGUCGCCCGAUUCCUUUACUACCUCGGCCGCAUCCGCGCCAUCCAGCUGCGUUACACCGAGGCACACGAACACCUGACUGCUGCAACUCGCAAGGCGCCUUCAAGCCUCUGCGCCCUGGGCUUCUCGCAGACCGCGACCAAGCUGCUGAUGGUUGUCGAGCUGCUUAUGGGAGAUAUUCCCGACCGCGCAACGUUCCGGGUGGCGUCGACGGAACAGGCUCUGCACCCCUACUUCCUCCUCGUGCAGGCAGUACGGGUUGGCAACCUGGAGGACUUUGAGACGACCAUCGCGGACCAUGCCGACACCUUCCGCAGGGACGGCACUUACACGCUUAUCCUGCGCCUGCGACAGAACGUUAUCAAGACGGGCAUCCGCAUGAUGUCGCUUUCGUACUCGCGCAUUUCCCUGCGUGACAUCUGCAUCCGCCUUCACCUCGGCAGUGAGGAAUCAGCGGAGUACAUUGUCGCAAAGGCGAUCCGAGACGGUGUGAUCGAGGCAACGCUGGAUCGCGAGCAUGGCUUCAUGAAGAGCAAGGAGACGGGCGACAUCUAUGCUACAAGGGAGCCGACCGAGGCGUUCCAUGACCGUAUCAGGGCCUGUCUGGCGCUGCACGAUGAGAGUGUCAAGGCUAUGCGCUUCCCAAUGAACCAGCACCGACUCGAGCUCAAGAACGCACAGGAAGCGCGGGAGCGGGAGCGGGAGAUGGCCAACGACAUACAGGAGGGUGACCUCGACGACGAUGACCUCGGCGGCGACUUCGACGGCAUCUAA